UCUGGGUCCAAGCCAUCGUUGGGAGAUACCGAAUGACAAACGUUAUGGAGGUGUCCUGUGCAUGGAUAAUUACGAUAUCACUGCGGAUGGUGUCAAAGAUUUAUUACUUGGUCGAGAUGAUGGCUUGGUUGAAGUUUAUGGGUAUGAUGAAGCUGAUGAACCUAUACACAGGUUUGGACAGACAAUGAGUGAGAGUGUUGGGUCUAUUCAAGGUGGUAUCGUGGCUACACAGGGAUAUGAUGAAGUGUUGGCAUGUACAUAUGCCGGUUGGAUUAUGGGUUUAACUACUGAACCACAGCAUAAAGAAGCUGGUCCCGGAGAUCAGGUGAAAGUGAGCGAUGAAACACAGGCUAAGAUACUACAUCUAAGACAAGAGAUGGAAGAAUUACAAAAGCGUGUGAUGAUUGAGAGAGAGAAAUACCAGACGUCAUCACAUAGCACUAAAGCCAUGUCAGCUAUACCACAUUUCAAUGUCAAUGACAAGUUCUCCUUGAAUCGAGAUGAUGCCAGCUAUACUCUGAGUCUGGAAGUACAGAUGGCCAUUGAUAAUGUAUUACUGCAAAGUGAUGUACCGAUUGACUUACUGGAUGUGGACAAGAACUCUGCUGUGGUUAGUUACAGUGCAUGUGACACAGAGAAUGGUAAUUUCCUAUUAGCGACGUAUCGAUGUCAGGCCAACACUACAAGACUGGAAUUGAAAGUGAGGUCAAUUGAAGGCCAGUAUGGUACAUUACAAGCAUAUGUAACUCCUAGAGUGCAACCAAAAACAUGUCAAGUCAGACAGUAUCAAAUUAAACCAUUAUCACUGCAUCAGAGGACACAUGUUGUGGACGAUAAAAGGUACUGGGGUUAUUUAUGA